GAUCGGGCUGCCCAUGCGGGCUGCACAACUCUCUUGCAGCAACUAAAAUAAUGUACGAGGGCGAAUUGAUGCCGGAGGGCGAGACGCCGGCUGCGGCGCGCCCCUCACUGCUGUCCAGACUGUCCUCCUGGCGGGCGCCGGCUGAGCCGGAGACCAAGGAGGUCCAUGCGCCGGAGGGCUCGCUAGGACUGUGUUUCGAGCGAGAGAGCACUGUGCUUUCACGCAUCAAGGACACUUCGCCUUUACUGAACAAGGUGCAGGUGGGCUGGACGCUCGUCAGCAUCGAUGGAGAGGACGUGAGCCGCAUGAACGGCCGGCAGGUCACCAAGCUCCUGACCUCGCGCGUGCACGACCCGGACGGGAGACGAUUAAGUUUUACGACGGGAGAGACACGGCCCGUCGCGGCCGGCGAGGUGCUGCCCGAAUUCGAGGGCGAGGGGGAACAGCCCACUGGCUGCGAGGUCCCGGCGGAGCCCGAGGAGCCGGAUUUGGAGCAGGGAACCAACGCACUUGUCACGUCGUCUGACACGGCGGUUGUCCGUGCCGGAGUAGGUGCCUUCGGGAUAAAACUCCUCACGCUGGUCCGGCCCGAGCACGCGCUCCGCUUUUCCCACGCCGCGACCCUGCGCGACGGAGGCAGCGCGCCGCUGACGGCCGGCGGCCUCAACGUCGGUCUCUUAUUUCCGGACCAGCAGCUAGGAAAUUCUGACGUGGACUUUAUCAAUGUGGGCGUUGGCGUGCAACCCAUCGACGUUCGUCUUCACGGGUCGUGCGUCUUGUGGGACAGUCCAAAACUUGGCGAGCUGCUCCUCCACGUCGCGCCUCAUCGGAAGCUGUGCGAAGGUGCACCGCUCCUGCUCACCGGGGCGGGAGAGAACUGGAAACUCGAAUUCGAACAACGCGCGCAACCGUCGUGCGUCAUCGCGGUGACGAGCGCAGGGCGGUUCGAUGGCAACUCGUGCUCCUUUAAGAUCGAUUCGACGGUGGUCGAGUACAAGCCCCACCGUGGCUUCAACUUCCUUGUCCUCGAGGCGGACGGCAAAAUCGUCGAGACGCGACACUUCGACUUGUGGGACGACGAAGAGGCGCCCGACGAUAUGAAAACCUACGUCAAGGGCCUAGCGCGAGGCACUCUCGUGCUCGUCGCGGGGAAAGAUGAAGGUACACAGAGACUGACUACGGCACUGAAGACGACCAUGGCCGACGCCUUCGGGACCCAGGAGCUCGCAAGCCUCGGCUACAGAGAGUCAUACGCGGCGAUCCUCAUCAAGGACCGCCCGCCAAUUGAUGAGAAGCGCACGGCAUGCCACGCGGGACCGGCUCGCGCGUACUCUGUCCGUUUUGACUUCGUCCUGCAGGCAGAUGGUACGAUCGCACCGCGUGCCGCGCCGCACCUACGGAUCGGUGGUGUAUACGAGCGUCUCAAUCCCCCCGAGAGCGCCCGUCGCUACUCCUCGGUGUGGUCAGAUUGCGGCGGGUGCUUGCCGUUCUGCCCCUGCUGUCCAUGCGCCACGGAGUGGGCAUGUCUUCUUUUUUGUCUCUGUCCGCUGAACAAGAGCAUGCUCGACAGUCCCGAUGCCUGGGCUUCGGCGUGGCCCACGGGUUGCGAUUGGAUACAAAUCGAUUUGAAGAAUGGCUCGGGUGUCAACUGUUGGAUCGUCGCUGGGAUCAUCGUCCAAGGCUGCAAUUCUCGGUCCUACGGGGCGGAGCGAGUGACGCAGCUUUCGGUGAGCUACAAACGCUCCAACUACAGCCAGUGGGAAAAGGCGCAACCCUCGCGCAUGGACGUGGUUGGAUCCAAAAAUAACGACGACACGCACCACGUUUUGUACUUCGAUGAGCCGGUGGUCGCGCGUUACAUCCGCGUGGAACCGACGCUUUGGCACGGUCAUCCCACCAUGCGCUGCGGUUUUAUUGCGCGACCUGCAUCGACGGAACAGACCGUUCCUCAGGCUCCCUCGGAGGAGGAAAUAGAGCGCUAGCUGCGCGCCCUUUUUUUUACGCACUGGCAUUCGACCUUUCAAUUUCAUUAGCCGGGCCCUCCCGAGUAAUCUUUCGCACUUCCAUUCAUUCAUUA